UGUGGUCUCUGUCCUCCAUCUUCCUGUGCUCCAGCAAAGAUCAAACGGCGGAGCUCGACUUUCUUUCGCGACAUCCGCUCCUUGGUCACGCUUGCUGGAAAGGGUCACAUGAGUCUAACCAUAGCAAGUUCGCGAAGACCGAGAACUUCGCGUAGUCUAUCAGAACUUUCCAGGCUUUGUUGUCAGGUCUUUUCACGACCACCACCAUGCGCGAGCUUUCUGGACCUCUCAUACAUCUCGCGAAGGCGACACUCUUCAAGCGGGAGGCGCAGGGCCAGGGUGGCCUCCUCAACGGCCAGGACCCAACAGCAUUCAACACGCAAGAUCCCUUGAGGCUAUGGAUUAUCCAAAUUGGUGUCAUCGUUCUCACAUCACAGCUCCUGUCGCUGGGUUUGCGGAAGAUACGCCAGCCAAGGGUUAUUGCGGAGGUCAUCACAGGUAUUCUACUUGGUCCCACGGCCUUCGGUCGCAUUCCUGGCUUCCAGCAGCACAUCUUCCCAUCCGAGUCCAUACCCUACUUGUCUCUUGUUGCCAACAUCGGCCUUUGUCUCUUCCUGUUCCUAGUCGGCCUUGAGAUCGAUGCUGCCGUCAUUAAACGCAAUGCCCGGCUGUCCGCCACUGUCGCGCUCGCUGGUAUGUCUCUGCCCUUCGGCCUGGGCGCAGCGCUCUCUGUGCCGCUAUAUCACACUUUCAUCGAUCAGUCAGUCAAGUUCACGAACUUCAUGCUCUUUACUGGUGUUGCCUACUCGAUCACAGCCUUCCCUGUGCUUUGCCGCAUCCUGACGGAGCUGAAGCUUCUCGAUACAACCGUCGGCAUCGUAGUUCUGUCCGCUGGCAUCGGAAAUGAUAUCGUCGGGUGGACCCUCUUGGCACUUUCUGUUGCGCUUGUCAACGGUGGCGCAGGUAUCAUGGCCCUCUACAUCCUACUCACUUGUUUCGGCUGGACCCUGCUGCUCCUGUUCCCCGUACGCUAUGUUUUACGAUACUUGGCGCACCGCACCGGAUCCAUUAAGAACGGCCCUACCAUGUUCUUCAUGACUGUUACGAUCAUCAUUCUGUUCGGCUCUGCAUUCAUGACAGAUAUCAUAGGAGUACACGCUAUCUUUGGUGCGUUCUUGGCUGGAGUUAUAGUCCCUCGCGAAGGCGGCCUUGCUAUUGCUCUCACAGAGAAGUUAGAAGACAUGGUCUCUAUUAUUUUCCUGCCCUUGUACUUCACUCUAUCAGGUCUCUCAACCAAUCUCGGACUGCUGGACAAUGGUAUUACUUGGGCUUAUACCGUUGCCAUCUGUGCACUGUCUUACUCAGGCAAGUUCGGUGGCUGCACUGUUGCUGCACGCUUCUCUGGCUUCAGUUGGCGUGAGGCAAGUACGAUCGGAUCUUUGAUGAGUUGCAAGGGCCUCGUCGAGCUUAUCGUUCUCAAUGUCGGAUUAAAUGCGGGAAUCCUCUCCCAGCGCGUCUUCUCCAUGUUCGUUUUAGAGGCUUUGCUCUUAACGUUCAUGACUACUCCGGCAGUCGUGCUUCUAUAUCCACCCAAAAUGCGAGUCCGUGUCUCACCAACCGGCGCCAGCUUCAACAACAUUUCCGGAGGAGACAGGGAACGUGCGAAGCCUAUUUCUGAGUCCCGAAGUAGGGACAGCAGUCGACGGAAACCGCUUGAACCUUGGAAGACGCGGUUCACCGUCGUGCUGGACAAGCCGGAGCACCUUCCGGGCAUGAUGGCCCUGGCACAGUUCAUGCAACCGCCACCACAGGUCUUGGCCAAGGAGAAUACGGAUACCAGCUCUGACGUGUGUAUUGAGGCACUUCGUCUCAUCGAGCUCUCCGACCGUACCUCUGCGGUCAUGAAGUCUUCUGCCUGGGACUCGCUCAUCUACACCGACCCUAUGCUUUGCAUCUUCCGUGCGUUUGGAGAGCUGAACGGUAUGGCGGUCUCCACUUCGCUCGCCAUCGUCUCGUACGAUGACCUUGCGUCCAGCGUCGCCGAGGUCACAGGCCGAAACGGCGCCCAGCUUGUACUCCUGCCCUGGCUCCCGCCGCACCACGACACUAACGAGACUGCAUCGCCGACACCCUCUGCACCAGGCACACCGCGCGUCCAGGCCGCCAGCCCGUUCGAGAGCAUGUUCCGCACGGCGCCUAAUCCCGGACAUUCCGCCUCGACGCUCCAUUCCCACUUUGUUCGCAGUGUCUUCGCACAAAGUGUCGCCGACGUCGCUCUCUACGUUGACCAGUCGAUCCCUGGCGAGAUGCCCAAGGUCACGACAGGCGCUUCCGGCACGGGCGACCGAUGGCAUCUCUUCUUGCCUUUCUUCGGCGGACCCGACGACCGACUUGCACUGGAAUUUGUUGUUCAGCUCUGUGCGCAUCCUCGCGUGAGCGCGACUGUUGUCCGCUUCUCGAGGGUAGACCUGCCCGAGCUGCAGCAGUCUUCCACCAUCAAGACGUCUGGGAUGUCUCAGGGCGAGGCGUACGCCCAACAGAAUUCAUUGACUAUCCAGUCGACGAGCGGAAUCCCAGAUACUGUCUACGGUCACGCCACGACCCAGACGCGCCUGCAGUCCGAGACGGCCGACAAUAUCGUCUGGCAGCGCUACGCCGCCCCGUCCGGGACAGAGAGCCUCGACAGCGUCGUGAUCGCCGCGCUAGCCCGGAUCGAAUGGCAUGAGGUCGAGACGCACAGCCCGCUGCGCGCAGUCGUUGACCGUGCUGCGGCGCUCGAGGACGGCACCUCCAAGCGCCGAAGCCGACUGCUCGCCGUUGCCGGGCGCUCGCGGCGGCUCGCGGCCGAGAACCACCAUGUGGAGCUGAAGGGCCUCAUGGAUGAACAUGGUGGCAUUGCGACGGAGGUGAAGAAGACCGUUGGCGACGUCGCGGCGGCGUUCAUCGUGACCGGCAGCAAGACAAGCAUCGUCGUCCUUCAGGCGGCCGACGCUGGCGUGGAUUAAGCGGUUUUGCGCGUUUAUUGUUCUGGUUUUGCAUCUGCACCUUUUCACGACCUGUUACGACCUCCCACGAUUCGGAUACCCCAGCUGCAUACAUAAUCACAGCAUUCCCCACACAUACUGCAUCUUUCUUCCUGUCCGUCGUCUACUUGUUGUACCACCACGAUCUCCUGCAUCCAAUGUCAUUUUGUUUGUCGCCUACAUC